AUGAGCGGGAGACGAAUACUGGCGUCGAGUAGUUCUCCCUCGAUGUCUCAGCCGCAGGUGAACAUUCUGGGAUCCAGUCCGAGCUCCGCGUCGGCGUGUUUGAGAUUACAGUCCGAUUUGCGUUCGAUACGGAUCGAACCGCCCGAGGUAUAA